CGCUAUUGCCUUGGCUUUCAGUUGAUCGCGGAUCGUGGCUGUGACCAGUUGCAUUCUAAAAAUUUGAUAGGAAGUCAGAAGAGGUUUGCUAUGCUGUCGCUAGCUCUUUUCUUGUUGACCUUGACUUUGGGGUCGCAAUCCAAUGAAGCGGCUCAAAUCCUGGGUUUAUUCCAACAUCCCGGAAAGAGUCACUUUGACUUCUUCAGACCCAUGUUCUUAGCCCUGGCGGAAAGGGGUCACAACAUCAGCAUGUAUAGCUAUUUUCCACUGGAAAAACCUGUGGCCAACUACACGGAUUUCGUCUUCGAAGGAAUGCCUCUUCUCACAGAUAUUGUAGACCUAAAGAAUUUUGAAUCGGAAUGGAUGCUUCUGGGUCUGCCCUUCAAGGUGCCCACCUUCUUUAUGCUUAACGACUGGGGGUUGCGAUCCUGUAGAGUGGCUCUAAAUUCCCCCCUCAUCACCCAGCUGCUUGAAUCGCCCAUCCGCUACGACGUCAUAAUCCUGGAGAAUUUCUCCAACGAUUGCAUGGCAGCGGUGGCUCACCUGUUGAAAGCACCUGUUAUCGCGUUGAGUAGCUGUGCGAUAAUGCCUUGGCACUACAAACGAAUGGGCAGCCCGUUCAUUAACCCCGUAAUGCCCAUGAAUUUCCUGCCCUACACAGACGAGAUGAGUCUGAUCGAUCGACUUAAUAAUUUCUUCCAUUUUCACACCGUAAAUACACUGUACAAUUUGAUUACCCAACCAGCCACUGAUGCGCUGAUCAGUCAGAGAUUCGGACCCGGACUGCCACCCAUUAACGAUAUCGUGAAGAAUACGAGUCUAAUGCUGAUUAAUCAGUAUUACGCCCUAACCGGACCACGCCCCUAUGCUCCAACUGUGGUGGAAGUGGGCGGGCUGCAAGUGGGUCCUCUAAAACCUCUGCCACAACAUCUACUAGAUAUUUUGGAUCGCUCUCCAAAUGGUAUCAUUUAUAUCAGCUGGGGAUCCAUGGUCAACACAAACACACUGCCUUCAGCCAAAAAGAAAGAGCUUUUCCAGAGCAUUUCGCAGUUGAAGGAAUACAACUUUUUAAUGCGCUGGAAAAGUGAAAAGUCCAUGCACAAAGAUAAGCCAUCAAAUCUCUAUACUUUCGACUGGUUGCCCCAAAGAGAUCUGUUGUGUCAUCCGAAAGUCAAGGCCUUCGUUUCCCAUGGAGGACUUUUGGGCACCACGGAGGCUGUUCAUUGUGGAGUUCCAAUGCUAUUGACACCAUUCUACGGCGAUCAGUUUCUCAAUUCCGGGGCCAUUAAACAGAGGGGCUUCGGAGUAAUCGUUGACUUCAGUAAUUUCGAUGCGGAUCACUUAGUCAGGGGACUGCGAACUAUACUUGAUCAUAAAUUUGCGGACAAUGUUCGCCGAUCCACUGAAGCGUUCAGGCGACGGCCCAUUCCCCCGCUCGAAUUAGCUAUCUGGUGGAUAGAGCAUGUGAUAAAAUCUGGAGGAGCCCCCCUGAUGCAAAGUGAAGCCAGACAUAUCAACUGGAUCGUCUACAACUCGAUCGAUGUUUACCUGUUCUGUCUGGCAAUCGUAUGGCUGCUGAGUGUCGCUUUCUGGAAGCUCAUUAAGGGGAUCGGAUCAACUUUUAAACGGGGGAAAAUCUCUAGAAAUACUAAAACAAAGAAACAAUAAAUGCUUAGUUCAACGAACGUAAAACGAUUAAGUGA